AAAUGGUUAUAGAAUCAUAAUCACAUUUAAUCACUGAAGGAAUAAGACGAGAAUCAAUAAAAAAAAUAAUCAAUUCUUGAAUAGGAAUGAUGAACAUGUGAAAAGAAGGAAAAAUCUUUUUCCUGAGGAUGCAGAAAACGCCAAAUGUCCGUCGACCCAGAAUCAGAAAGGAAAAAGUUAAUCAAAGUUGCAGAUUUAUUAGGUUUUAAUCUCGCUAUCAAUCCACUCUUGCAUGAACUGCCUAGCUAUCAGACUGUGGUAAGAAGAUCUCACAGUGUUUCAGCCUCGACCAGACGGAGAAGCACCCUUGCCAGUUACUUCAGCACUUCACUAAAGAGAAGAGAUUCAUUGGGAGAUGCAUUUGAACAAGCUGGCAGACCAUUGCGAGAUUUUCCCAUUAGUAUUCAAGAGAAGAAGCAAGUCAGAGAUAGAAAAGAUUAUCAAACACAUUCGCUGUCAUAUCAGAACAUUAUAUUUAAAAAUAUGAAAUGGAGGCGGCUUUCUCAAGGAAUCAAGGAGCAUAUGUCUAGCCUUUAUCUAUGGAGAAAAGAUAUUCAUGAUAUAGAAGGCAAAUUUGGCACUGGAAUACAGUCUUAUUUCUCCUUUCUCCGCUUUCUGGUUUUAUUGAAUUUUGUGAUUUUCCUGUUAAUGUUUUCUUUUAUUAUACUUCCAAUGAUCAUUUCAGCACAUGGAGUUAACAUCACAAGCACCCAAGUUUCCUCUUCUGGCAUAGCUGAGGAAUGUACCAAGUAUGAAGAGCCUAACCCAGGGCUUAGCUACUUCUAUAGUCACAUGAUUGAUCUUCUUUUGGGAGCAGGAUUCUUGGAGCAGACCUAUCUGUUUUAUGGAUUUUACCGAACAGAUGAGUUGCAUUCUAAUUAUUUUCACUACAAUGUACCACUUGCGUAUUUCCUUACAACAUUUGCAUACAUCCUACUGAGUCUUUUUUGGAUAGUGAAAAGGGCAGUGGAAGGUUUCAAGCAAAGCUUUAUCAGAUCAGAAGACCGAUUUCAGAGUUUUUGUAAUAAGAUAUUUGCAGGCUGGGACUUUUGUAUCACAGAUGAACAUGCUGCAGAGAUGAAACAUAGCAGUCUUCAGUAUGAACUGAAGACUGACUUGGAUGAAGAAAGAAUAAAGCAGAAGAUUGCACUUAGGACUCAGAAGGAAAAAUUCCAGAUAUACCUCCGAAGAGCUCUCUUGAACUUGCUUGUUUUACUGAUACUGGCUGUUUGUUUUUAUUGCAUAUAUAAAACAACUGUUUACUCCCAACAAUUCCAUUACACACAAAAUAAUGCUGGAAGCUUCACAUUCGAUCUCAUAGUUCAAUACUUGCCCUCUAUUGUGAUCACUGCAGCUAACUUUAUCACUCCACUCUUGUUUGAAUACAUAAUCGCAUUUGAAGACUAUUCACCAGCCUUUGAGAUUAAAUUCAUGCUUCUCAGGUCUGUGUUUGUGCGAUUGGCUAAUAUUAUUGUUCUCUUGGUGAGCUUAUGGUCACAAAUUACAACAUGCGAUGGCGGAGAAUGCAAGCCGUGUGGAUACAACCAUAAAUUGUACCCAUGCUGGGAAACCCGAAUAGGGCAAGAAAUGUACAAGUUGAUGAUAUUUGAUCUGAUUAUCAUUGGUGCUGUCACAUUAUUUGUGGAAUUUCCCAGAAAAUUACUUGUGACUUUUUGCCCUUUCCCACCUUUCACUUGGUGGGGGCAACAACAGUUUAGUGUUCCGCAAAAUGUGUUAGAAAUUGUAUAUGGUCAAACAAUCUGUUGGAUUGGGACGUUCUAUUCACCAUUGCUCCCUGGCAUAUCAACCAUCAAAUAUUUUGCUAUAUUUUACAUAAAAAAGGUUUCUCUGAUGGCAAACUGCCGACCUUCCACCAGACCUUUUCGGGCAUCAAGUUCGAACUUCUUCUUUUUAGCGGUUCUGUUAAUUGGCCUUCCAUUAGCUUGUGUUCCAAUACUCUUCAGUAUUGCAAUAAUUAGUUCUUCAAAAUCUUGUGGGCCAUUCGUUAAAUUCAACACGACAUGGGAAAUUAUACCAACCACAAUUAACAGUUUUCCAGUGGGCCUUCAGAAUCUUCUAUAUGGAUUGGGAUCUGAAAUAUUUGCCGUACCAUUCUUCAUAAUUGUAUGCCUCAUUCUGUUUUAUCUUGUUGCGCUUUCUGCAGCACACAAACGAGUUGUUGUUCAAUUAAGAAAUCAAUUAGCCAUGCAAGGUCGUGACAAGCAGUAUCUGAUCAGAAAACUGACGAGAGAAUCAAUCAUUGCAAAAAGACUUGGUAUGGCUAAUGCUGAGAAACAAUGAAACAAGAUUUUUUCAAUGCACAGCAUUUCAGGAUCUCAUAGGCAAACAGAAGGCUGCUGUGUCUCAUGAUAGCUAACAUUUUAGGAACAGUAUUCUGUAACGCAUGAUCUUCCUGAAAACCUUUCCUGAAUAUUUUGUUACUGGUGAAGGCAAGUUAUCAUUGUCCUUUAUAAAUGUUCUCAGAGGUUUUAUCUUCCUGAUACUAAAGUUUUACCAUUGCCAUAUUAAAAUCAAUGUUACCGUCUGUAUUUGCUGAAAGCUCAUAUGGGUAAUUGGUUGCAUUUAUUUACUGCAAACCACUUGUGUAACAAUAUUUAAAAUAUAGCAUAUCUUUACUAAUUCUUCCCCUCUCUAUACGUUCUUUAGAUAGCAUUACUUUUAUGUCUGUAUUAUCAUUAACAAUUUAAUACUGUGAAGCAACAAAUACUGAUAUUGUUUACCUCUUAAAUAUUAUGUACUUUACAAACUACUAUUAAUUCAUUGUUCUUAACCUGGUAUAUAUAUUUUUUUAAGUCCUAAUGUUUGAUUGGUGAAGGAAAGGAAGAGCUUUACAAUGUAUGCAAUUCUUAUUUAUGAAAUUUAUUUUGAUACUGAUACACAAGGGAAUAACUUUAUUCAGUAACAAAAUAUACAUAUAUACAACUAAUACCUUUUUAUGCAUUAAUGGAUAUAAAAGCUGUCCAGAGCAUGUAGAUUUUAUAGAAUGUUACCUCCAUAUUCUAGGUAUUUUGAACUCCAGGCAUUCUUCUGGAAAUGAGAGUGCUGUAAAAAAUAGCCUCUUCAAAUAUUGAGAGAACUAAUGGUUUCCAUAAUAAAUAAUUUUUGUCUUAGAAAUAAAUACCAUGGAAGAUGGGACAGUAAAUAGUGGAAUGGAUCUUGCAAGACAGCUGUUGCUUGUUAUCAGCAACUACCAGUAUUAAAUUAUUUUGACCAAAAGAUCUUGAUUCCUGGUGCACUGCACAUCUUAGAGCUUAAUGGUUAAUUUGCAUCAUGCCACCAUUUGGUUUGGAUAAAUGUCAUUUCACCCUUGUUUUCACCUUUUUAAGCUUGUCAUGGGGUGUUAGGUCUGACAGUAAUUGUUAAUACAGUGUCAAUAAUUCUCUAACGCAUAAACAAAUCAGAUUUAAGUCUUUAUAUCAUACCUUAAUGUGCUAAAUGGACAUUAAUAGGAAUGUUAAAUGACAGUUUACAAAAAGGUCUUUGUAAAUAAAUUGGAUUAUGCACUGCCACAAAGAUCAAAAGUAGGUGAAAUUCAGGGUCUUAACGUGAGUUGCACAAUAUCUGCAAUUUCUGUUCUAAGUUAGGAUGUUGGUCUCACCAUUCCCAAAUCCAAAAUGUCCCAUUAUACAUACCAUGCCAAUGUAAGCUCACACUUUUAUCAAGUUAUGUGGCAAAAAUGCAGUGCACCAUAGGUUGCAGAGAAAGGUCAUGUGUUGUAAGAUGCCUUACUCUUAAGUUGCCUCAUUUAAAAACAUAUGACUUUUAAAUGAAAAAAAAUAAAAAAUUGUUAUUGAAAUAUUGUGGAGCAGAACAAUUAGCAUAGUUCCUGAGCAAGCAAGACAUAAACAAAGUCAUAUAAGUCAACAUUCAUUUAACAGCAAUCUGUACUUUGUUGCCUUAAAAUAACACAUUGCUUGCAUAAUUAUACUGUUACCAAAACAUGUAUAACAAUAUACAUAUUUCAUGGUAAAUGCCUGAAUAUUUCAUGUGACUCAGGGAAUACUAUCAUAUAAAUCUGCAUUCACUGUGUCCAAUAACAGCACCCAAAGAGAAUGAAAAUUGAACUACAGAUCCCAUCUGAAAUAUUUCAACAAUAAACACUCAACAGUUGUCUGGCUGCAACAUUGGCUGGAUUAGGUGUGCUGUAUGGGAAUAAAUUGUAAACAAAAGAACUGGGUAACUUAACUCAGAAUUGAGUUUUUUUUAAACCACUGCAAUAUUUACUAAAUCUGGAACUAAUGUUUUAGUUAAUGUAUAUCUUUUAAUGAAGAUUAAAAUGUUAUAUACGUUUCUUUGUAUGGCCUAGUUUAUUUUUAAUGAAAAGUUUGUUUUGAAUAUAUUAUUUACAUACAAUAUUAAAUUUUGUC